GACAUUUUCAACGAAAAACCAUGUUAUUACUAUCAUUUUCAUAUUAUUAUUAUUAUUUCGUUAUUAUUAUUAUUUCAUAAUUUAUUUCGUAUCUACGUCAAUUUAAUUGUAAAUAUUUAUUUUUCAUUCUUUAAACAUAUUUGUGUGAUGCUAUUGGCGAUAACCGAGUUGAGUUUAUUGUUGUUGAAAUGAUUGUUUUAAGUUUCACGGAUUGUUAUCAUUGGAGAUAAAGCUACGUUCUUGAGAAACAUAUACGCUACAUGUUACUUUCAACAAUAUUUUCUCCAUAGGAUAUCAGGUUAAUGUUGUUACUUAUGCAUUAACUCCACGUGUUGCUAAAUGAAUGUUUGUGGUUGAAUGGGAUAUAUGGUUACUAUGUUUGGUUGGUGUUUUGGGAUGAUUUUUUUGUCGCUGAAAUUUUUGUCGACCUGAUCGCUACUGCAGCAGCGGAUAUGUUCCUGAGGAGGAUGCUGAUGAAACCGGCCGGUGAACUCUCACUGAAAGAAAUAUUUGUUUGCUUCUUCUUGCUGGUCCUCGCUUUCAACAUCCUCAUCUACUUCACCCGCUAUCAAUCAAGUCAGUCACUGUGGAGCGUUAAAUAUGGAUUCAACUCUCAACUGACCACCCAACUGACCAAUCCACUGAGUGAAGAAGAAAAGCAGGCACUACUCAACAACAACAAACUCAACCCGCUUGCAAAUAACCUACUACCAACAACCACGCCCCAGUACCAAACCACGACAUUCCAAAUAGAAGAGAAACGGCGUUCUAGACCGAUCCCUCCCGAAUCUCCGUGCAAGAGACCAAAGCAUGGUCGGCUGAGAGAUGAUGGCAGGUGGUUCGAUUUCGGAGCACGCGGCAUGUUCCUCUUCGCCUACACGGCAUUUUUCGACGAUCGAGAGUCUCUGCAGAGCGAUCCAGUCAUCAGGGUCAUAGCCAUGUCGACCAUCAUCGAAAACAUGGCCCACCAGCCCAACCUCAUCUGCAGAUUUUAUUACCCACUCGAUCAGAACGGAAAUUUAAAAAGCAGAGAUUCCGAGGAUGAUGACGAAAGCGGAAGUAAACACAACCAUCAGGAUGCCUUCAUCGACGUGCAAGUCGAGAAAAAUCCCAUCAGAAAAAUGGGGAUGGGCUGGCAGUUGAAUUAUAAAUUGGUUCGUGAAUAUUUAUUCACCUGCCCUCUACCGACAGUCGAACAACUUUUAGAGCUGCCCAACGUGAACGGUUCGUUGAUUGCCGAGGUGGAAGAUCUCAUCCCAAGCUGGCUAACGUUAUUGGCAGGCAGCGAGGAGGCUGAAAAAGUGGCGUCCUGCAUGCCUAUCGAAGUACCAGAGAAGCCGAAAGUCCAGAAAGAAUUCGCGCUCUGCGUGCAGAUUGGAUACGGCGCCAUAGACCCAGUACAUCUGGUAGAAUGGAUGGAACUGCAGAAGAUACUGGGUGUCGAUGUCAUUGGCUUUUAUGACAUGGAAAUUGACGAGCCCGCGAUGGCUGUACUGAAGCACUAUGCCGAGGAAGGUCUGGUCGACUUGAGGAGGUCUGACUACAUUCCGAACGGGCCUCAACAAUAUAUGCUCCAUGGAUCACCGGUUAUAAACGAUUGUAUGUAUAGACACAUGUUUACUCAUCGUUACCUACUGGUAUACGAUGUAGAUGAAGUUAUACUGCCCUUAAAGAAAACAAGCACCUCUCAAACCCUCAACAACUUCAGUAGUUUAGUGCAGAUGAUUAAGGAGAAACACGGCAACGACCCACGUCUCUACCUCUUCAGGAAUCAUUAUUUCUUCACUGACCUGCCACCUGACCAGAGGGAACUAUCAGAGUUUACAUUCUUAAAAUAUCGACAAAGUGUACCGGUUUCUGUUUUCGGCUACUCAACGAAGAGCCUAACAGAUCCACAGACGUGCGUCGUAAUGCACAACCACUUUUGCUGGAGUUACACUAAGAAGUACGAGACAAUGAAAAUGUUGGACGUUGACAUGACGUUGGCAGUCAAUCAACAUUACAAAAAAUGUCAUCUGCCUACGAGCGAGUGUACAGGGCUUCUGAAACAGGCAAGCGAAAAUAAAGCAAUUGUGCCCUAUCGAGACGAGUUGAUUACAAAUGUUCAUAGAACGGUUACAAUUAUUCGACAGAAAGUUAAGGAUUUAGAAAACGAUGAUCCUUUCAAAGGACAUUUUAAAGAAAUUGUUUUGUGA